UUGACGGGGGUUAGUUAUUGUGGUGCAGAGGCUGGGGACGACGCUCUGCAGCGGACAUAGCCCUAACCAACUUAUUUUACUCAUCCAAUCAGCACCUAACAUAAACAAUGGCGGAGCAAAGGAAGUAUACCGAAUUGGAAUUUGACAGCACAUUAAAACUGAACGAGUGAAAAGCUUGCGUGGAUUGCCCAUGGACGGGCAACAGAGAUACGAGAUGGAAAACCCGAAUGAAAACCCAAGCAAGGCGACGGAAUAUCUAAAGGAGCUCAAUAAAAUUAUCGAGACUCAACAGGAGUUACUGGAAAAACAAAAGAAUCGAAUUGAAGAGCUUGAACUACAAGUCACUGAUCUUUGCAAAGAAAAUGCAUUUCUGAAGGACCAGCAUCAGCGGCACUUGGUCACCUGCAGACUCCAACAGUGCAAUAGUCUUUCGACGUUAGGAGCCAUAAAGGAGAAUGUAAUACAAGAAAAGUCAGAAAGUGAAAGUUCAAGAAGUGUCAGGCGACAUGCUUCCUUGCCUAUAGAUGUCACAGAGAGCCCAGUAAGCCUUAUUGCCCCUCCGUGUAGACGAAGUCACCCCUCUCGCCAGUGGAAGUCUGCAUCCUUUGGUGUGGAAGGCGACGCGCCCGGCAUCGAGGCGGCCACCUCUCUGGAGAGCAGCGCGGUCUACGGUCGCCCUCCGGUCAGCCACGGCCUCGGCCCUGACCACUUCAACGCCCACUUGUACGGACACAUCCAGCGGCCACGCAGGCCCAAGCUCCAGCACUCGCAGUCCAUCCUCCGCAAGCAGGCCGAGGAGGAGGCCAUCAAACGCUCUCGCUCGCUCUCCGAGAGCUAUGAGCUCUCCUCAGACCUCCAGGACAAGCAGGUGGAGAUGCUAGAGCGCAAGUAUGGGGGCCGUUUUAUAACCCGCCAUGCAGCGCGCACCAUCCAGACCGCCUUCCGCCAGUAUCAGAUGAACAAGAACUUUGAACGACUCAGAAGUUCUAUGUCAGAGAACCGUAUGUCCAGACGAAUCGUCUUGUCCAAUAUGAGAAUGCAGUUUUCCUUUGAAGGACCUGAAAAAGUCCACAGCUCUUACUUUGAGGGAAAGCAGGUCUCCCUGACAGACGACGGCUCUAAGAUUGGCGCGCUCGUGCAGUCAGAGUGUGGUGACAUGGGAGUACCUGCCGUCAUGAAGUCACCCGCAGCCCAGAAUGACUUCACAGACGCCAUUACAGAACUUGAGGAUGCCUUCUCCAGACAGGUCAAAUCUCUGGCAGAGUCUAUAGACGACGCCCUGAACUGUCGCAGCCUGCACGGGGACGAUAGCCUACCGGAGCCUGCCAGGGGCCUUCCCGACAUGGAGAGGGAGGUGACCUACAAGGUCAAACCGUCCCACAGCUCCUCCGAGCACCGCAAGCUGGACGAGAUGACGGCCUCGUACAGCGACGUGACCCUCUACAUCGACGAGGAGGAGCUGUCCCCGCCCCUCCCGCUGUCCCAGUCUGCCGACCGGCCCUCCAGCACCGAGUCGGAGCUGCGGCUGCGCUCGCUCAACUCCUCCCAGGACUACUGGUCUCUGGCCCACAAGGACGACAAGGGCGACACGGACACCAGCUGCCGCAGCACGCCCUCUCUGGAGGGCCAGGAGCAGAGGCUGCGGGUGGACCACCUGCCCCUGCUCACCAUCGAGCCGCCCAGCGACAGCUCCGUGGACCUGAGCGACCGCUCCGACCGCAGCUCCCUGAAGAGGCAGAGCGCGUACGAGCGCAGCGCCGGCAGCCAGCAGGCCAGCCCCAAGCACAUCAGCCACGUCCUGCCGUCUCGGGGGCCGUCCCGGGACGAGGAGGCGGCGGCGGGGGCGCCGCGCCACCGCCACCGCCAGCUGGAGAGCCACCUGGCCAUCAACGGCACGGCCAACCGGCAGAGCAAGUCCGAGUCGGACUUCUCCGACGGCGACAAUGACAGCAUCAACAGCACGUCCAACUCCAACGACACGAUCAACUGCAGCUCCGAGUCGUCGUCCCGGGACAGCCUGCGAGAGCAGACCCUGAGCAAGCAGACCUACCACAAAGAGACCCGCAACAGCUGGGACUCGCCCGCCUUCAGCAACGACGUCAUCCGCAAGAGGCACUACAGGAUCGGCCUCAACCUCUUCAACAAGAAACCAGAGAAGGGCGUCCAGUAUCUGAUUGAGCGAGGGUUUGUUCCGGACACACCUGUGGGUGUGGCUCACUUCCUGCUGCAGAGGAAAGGGCUGAGCCGGCAGAUGAUUGGAGAGUUCCUGGGAAACAGACAGAAGCAGUUCAACAGAGAUGUCCUUGACUGUGUAGUUGAUGAGAUGGACUUCUCAGCCAUGGAGCUGGACGAGGCCCUGAGGAAGUUCCAAGCUCAUAUCAGGGUUCAGGGGGAGGCCCAGAAGGUGGAGCGCCUCAUAGAAGCAUACAGCCAGCGCUACUGCAUCUGUAACCCUGGUGUGGUGCGCCAGUUCAGGAACCCAGACACUAUCUUCAUCCUGGCCUUCGCUAUCAUCCUCCUCAACACAGACAUGUACAGCCCCAACGUCAAACCAGAGAGGAAGAUGAAGCUGGAGGACUUUGUCAAAAAUCUCAGAGGAGUGGAUGACGGGGAGGACAUCCCUAGAGAGAUGCUGAUUGGGAUCUAUGAGAGGAUCCGUAAACGAGAGCUAAAGACCAACGAAGACCACGUCUCUCAGGUCCAAAAGGUGGAAAAGCUCAUUGUGGGGAAAAAGCCGAUUGGUUCUUUGCACCAUGGUCUAGGAUGUGUGCUGUCCUUACCUCACCGGAGGCUGGUGUGUUACUGCAGACUCUUUGAAGUUCCCGACCCCAACAAGCCUCAAAAGCUCGGUCUGCACCAGAGAGAGAUCUUCCUCUUCAACGACCUGCUGGUGGUCACAAAGAUAUUUCAGAAGAAGAAGAACUCCGUGACGUACAGCUUCAGACAGUCUUUCUCUCUGUAUGGGAUGCAGGUGCUCCUGUUUGAGAAUCAGUAUUAUCCCAAUGGAGUGCGUCUGACAUCAGCCAUCCCUGGAGCGGACGUCAAAGUCCUCAUCAACUUCAACGCCCCCAACCCCCAGGACCGCAAGAAGUUCACAGAUGACCUGCGCGAGUCCAUUGCUGAGAUCCAAGAGAUGGAGAAGUACCGAAUAGAGUCGGAGCUGGAGAAGCAGAAGGGGGUGGUGAGGCCCAGCCUGUCCCAGAGCUCUGGUCUGAAGAAGGAGGCGGGCAACCUGAGCCGUGGCAGCCUGGACGACACCUACGCCAUGGGGGAGGGGCUGAAGAGGAGCGCCCUCAGCAGCUCCCUGCGCGACCUCUCGGACGCAGGCAAGCGUGGCCGCCGCAGCAGUGCAGGAUCUCUAGACAGCAAUAUGGAAGGCUCCAUCAUUAGCAGUCCCCACAUGAGGCGGAGAGCCACCGCCAGCCGGGACUGUCCCUCUCGCGGCCAGCAGUCCCUCCCCAACUCCUCCUCGCUACUGGGAUCCAUCUUCGGCUCCAAGAGGGGAAAGUCUCCGAGCCCCUCGCCCCAGCCCCAGCACCCCACACUCAUCUCCCACACCCCCCACCCAUCCAACCUUCACCACACUGCCCGGGUGGAGACAGAAACCCAGGCCCAGAUGCACCCCCAUCACGCCCAGUUCUGCCACGUGCAGCAGAACCCCCCGCCCUAUCACCACCACCACCACUACCACCCCCCUGCCCACGUGCAGCACCCACCCCACCAGUAUCACCCCCCUGCCCCCCACGGCCAGCAGGCCUCCUACCCCCCUCACUCCACUCAUCCCCACCCACAGCAUGGUCACGCAGGCCACUCCCCUCACCCACCUCACCCCCAGCACCCCUCCUCACACCACCAUGGCCAGCCUGCAGCCCCCUCCCCAGCCCCCAGCAGCACAAAGCCCAAACACAGUGGCAUCAGCACAGUGGUUUGAGCUGAAGGACAUCAGCGGGCUGCGGGGCUGUUCUUAGCUGGGAAGGUGCUCUCCCUGCUGGAGUAGAAAAGCAACAACAGAAGGCACCUUGACUGAACUCUCCUUCCUCUCACAAACCCUUGAGUAGAAGGUGAAUGGGCAUGUCUGAUGUCCUCCUCCAGGGUAUGGGAGAGGUCUCUAGAACCGGACUGGUCCUGUGUCUCAUUCUCCUCACAACUGUUUGUUAAGCAGUAGAUUGCCAGAACAACUCUGUCUCACCUAGGUGGCUCCUUUAGUGACUCUACUUACCAACACUUGUGUUACUCAUCCUUCAAAGAACAGUGAAGCAUGCAAAAAGGCCAUGGCUACUUUUUCCAAUGACUGGGCAACCUAAUAGCAUUAUCAAAUAACUGGCUUAGUAGCAUUUUCGGAGGCAAAUUAUGCUUCUCAACAGUUAUGUCUAUUAAGGUAAACUAUUUGACUCAAUGGAACAGUAACUAAAACAACACCGGUAGACAGCGAAGUCUGUCACAAAAGUAGUUCCAGUAGUUAAUGUAGCUGUAGCUUACAGUCCACUGUGAUAUCCAUUAGCUGUCAUAAUUGUGCCAAUUAUCCAAGCAUUUACUAAUUUACAGUAGUCACAAGAUUUGCUUUGUGUAUAUCGUGAAUAUAGUAUUUUGUAAAUUAAUGAUAAUGAUAUUAGCAGCAGUUAUUGUUAUAGAGCAAAACAGUCUGAGACAUCAACUAAAAUCUCAGUGUAAUACUCUUACUUAGGUGACAUACUGUAGUUUUACUGUUAUGAAACCUAUCCAAGUGUUUCAGUUGGAAUUGAUCUGGUUGCCUUUGUAUUAGAACUCUGCAGUGGUUCUAUCAUUUCCUUCACUGCAGAUGUAAGUGUACCUGCUCAGAGUGGGGCAUGUGUUGGCCUGGGCCAGGGAGCCGAGCCCGGCUCUGGAGCUCCUGGGGAGACAUGGAGCUCCUCCCACUGGGCCUGGCUGCUUGUCCAUCGUUGUUUAAUAUUUUUAACUAUUUUUUUAGAGAAUAAUAAAACAAUAAUGAAUACUAUACAGGUCACUGAAAUGGGGCUACGCUGGUGUGCUUCUGCCAGAUGUAUUUAAGGAAGAGCUUGUUUUGCUCUGAAGACUAUUCUUUUUCAGGAGUUCCUGUCGUAGAAAGAGAAGGAGCACAUCAACUAGAACCCAGCAACAUGACUGUCGCAGUGUCUCGUACGAUGCUGGAGCUCUCAGCUGGCUGAGUGUGCUCAGUCCUUCAGUGGUUUCAGUGUGUCUCCUUAACAAUGGGACAGUUGUAUCGUGUUGCUUCUUCUGUCUACGCAGCGUGUUCUACCAGGACCUCCCUGGACAGCACAUACAUAGGUAUGAUUUGGUGAUGGCGAUAGCCUCCUCUAGCCUCACCAUGGGCCACAUACAACAGGGCUCCUCUUUUUAUACAGUACCAUAUCACCACCAUUCUUACUGUACUUGUUAUGGGCUGACAGACACUCUCUCUAUGCCCGUCAGUGUGUCAUAUCUGUUGUGUCACUGGAAGGUGAGGCGUGAGGAUGAAGUACUCUUCAUUGUAGAGAGGUUUCUUGUAUGUCGUGCUGUUUUGAAAGGGAUUGACACAGCACUUAUCAUACAUAGCUUGUUUUAUCAGUGGAAUGAGUCUGUAUUGAGAGUUAGAUCUGCAGCUAAGAUGAAGAGAUUUUUUACUCAUUGUAUGUGCAAUAUGUAUGUACGUACUAUUUUGUAAUAGAGCGAUUACAGUCAAGUGGUUGUUCUGUUUUUGUUUUGUUUAGUUCAUAUGAUUGUGUUAGUUGUGUUUCCCAUGGUCUAUAUUAUUUUUCAGUGAUUUCUGUCUCAGUGACGCUCAAGUCUCCCCAUUGUUCAGAAGGUACUGUAUUUGCCUUCCUGCAUUGACGAAGAAUGUCAAGAACAUAAUCUUGCAUGUAACAUUGUAUUUUGAGACUAUUUUCUAAAUAUUAUGUAUUCCCAAACUAUAUCAGUGUUACAGUUGACAAUUGAUGAAAUUGAAUGGUAACAUAUUUAAAGUGCAUCGACUUCAUCUAAUACAGCAACAGUAGUAAUUGAAGUCUUUUAUGUACAGUAGCAAUGUUGCACCAGGGGAUAAUCAAUUUGAUGACUUGACCAAGGUAGCUUACAUACUAUCUACAUAUGGUAAUUAAAAGCAGCAGUCAUGUUUAAUGGAAGCUUUAUUUGCCAACAUUUUGAGUUAACAAUCAACAACAAAUUGUGUUAUGUCUAGAUUUGAUAUGACAUAAUGUGUACAGUAUCGUCAUAGGGAAUCAGUGGUUUACAAUGUACUACUUAACAAAACAUCCAGAAUUACUUGUAUUAUCACAUACAAUACUUAUAUUUUUGAUAAAUUCACAGCCUUGGCCAGAAACUUGCACAUUAAAGUAGUCUAGGAAUCUCCACAUUGCGACAUACAGAGGAAUUGUCCAUGUCACACUUUUGAAAGGUCAUUUAGUAGAUUGAAACAGGCUUAAUAUCAAAAUGGCUUCGAUUCUAAAAGUUACUCAUCUUCCCUUCACUUAGUUGGCAAAAUGAUCUAUGGUAAAACCUUUCAAGAAAUCAUAGACUAUUCAUUGCAUGCACACAUACUGUUUCAAAUGCUAUUAUGUCAUUUUUUUUACUGGUUAAUGUUUGUUUAGAUUUAGUAAUGAUGCUUCUUUUCCCUACAGUUUAAACUGUCGUUAUACUCAAGCAUUUAUUUCAUCCCCAUCCCAGCUGUGAAGAUAUGACUGUAGUAUGCUGCUAAAUGUAUAUAACAAACACGUCAAUUUAAAGAAACCAUAUAUCUAAAGGCAAUUACAUAAAGGGAAGGAAUGUGAUGGGGUGGGACUGCCUCAAACAGGAGGUGAUCAAUUGUACAUAGUCUGUAAAUGAUUAGUACUCAAUGUCUACAGUUACAUUGAAGGUGCAUUCCUACAGCCUUCAAGAGAGCCAUCAACUGCUUUAUUUUGCCUCUAACUGUAUCGAAUUGUGAUAGGAUCUAGAUCUUAACAGCAGACUGUUACAUAACUAUCACUGCUUCUCUUUCUGUCCUGAGACACUUCUGUUUUCUUACACUCACAGACCAUUUUAUAACUUAAAGGGAAGAGAGGAGAGCUUUCAUUUUAAUAUGCAUUGUUUUUAAGUAGAUGAAGAGACCUUAUUGAUGUAAAACUAUUACUGUGACCAUGUUGAGAACGCAAAAUAAAACAAUAUACUGUUAAGUCCA